CUCUGCCUUUCUGUUGUGCAUUCAGCAAACAUUCUUAGAGCUGAAGAAAGGGGAAGAGGAAUCAGGUUUCUGGCACUUGCACUCGGCAGUCCUGCUGGAAUAUGAUGUGACACCGGAACAAAUCAAACAAGAGCUCGGAAACCUGACACAGCAAUGAAAAUCCUCUGCAAAGCCAGAACUUUCGCUGCCCAUUUCUCCCCCAGAGUGUGCUCCAGGCUAUUCAGCAAGGAUCCAACACUCGGCACACCGCAGAACUUUUUAAAUUAUGAAGAUAUUAAACUGCACUACAAGCCCAAAGUGCCGGAAUAUUUCAACUUUGCAAAUGAUAUUUUAGAUGAAUGGGCCAGAAAUAGAAAGGAAGGAGGAAAGUCCAGUAACCCAGCUCUCUGGUGGAUAGACGGCAGUGGAGAAGAGAUCAAGUGGAGCUUUGAGGAGUUAGGCUUUCUCUCCAGGAAAGCAGCCAACAUUAUAUCUGAUGCCUGCAACUUGAAACCAGGGGACAGAGUCAUUGUGAUUCUCCCACGGGUGCCAGAAUGGUGGUUAUUAAACGUUGCCUGUAUAAGAGCAGGUGUGGUGCUCAUCCCUGGAACAACCCAACUGACAGCAAAGGACAUUCUCCACCGGCUACAAACUUCAAUGGCUAAAUGUAUAAUAACCAGUGAUUCCCUUGCGGCAGCUGUAGACUCUGUUGCGGCUCAGUCUCCAUGUUUAGAAACUAAAAUGCUGAUAUCUGCAGAAAGAAGAGACGGGUGGUUGGAUUUUAACGGCCUGUUCCGAGCGGCUGAUGACAAACACAUUUGUGUAAAGACGAAGAGCAGUGAUCCAAUGACCAUAUUCUUUACUAGUGGAACCACAGGCUCCCCUAAAAUGACAGAACACAGUCACUGCAGCUAUGGACAUGGCUUGAAGGUUAAUGGAAAAUACUGGAUGGAUCUGACCCCUAGUGAUAUUGUGUGGAAUAUGUCAGACACUGGCUGGGCAAAAUCUGCUUGGAGCAGUGUCUUUGCACCAUGGAUUCAAGGCUCAUGUGUGUUUGCUCACAGCAUGCCCCGUUUUGACCCAAAUAUUGUCUUACAGACACUAUCCACUUUUCCUAUAACAACAUUUUGCUCAGCUCCAACAGCCUAUCGUAUAUUUGUACUACAGAACCUUGCAAGCUAUCAAUUCAAGAGCCUACAACACUGUGUUAGCGCUGGGGAGCCCAUCAACCCGCAAGUCAUGGAACAGUGGAAAGAACAGACUGGGUUAGACAUUUAUGAAGGCUAUGGCCAAACUGAAACAGUUCUAAUCUGUGGCACGUUUAAGGGAAUGAAGAUAAAACCCGGAUCCAUGGGCAAACCUUCUCCAGCAUAUGAUGUUCAGAUCAUUGAUGAAAAUGGUGAUGUACUCCCGCAGGGAAAAGAAGGGGAUAUCGCUAUCCGAGUAUCACCACAGAAACCAUUUUAUCUUUUCUCCCAAUACACAGGUGACCCAGAAAGGACAGCUUCCACUCGGCGAGGAAACUUCUACCUAACUGGAGACAGAGGCAUCAAAGAUGAAGAUGGCUAUUUUUGGUUUGUAGGAAGAUCAGAUGAUGUUAUUUUAUCCUCAGGAUAUCGAAUUGGCCCAUUUGAAAUUGAAAGUGCGUUGAUUGAACACCCGGCCGUUGCAGAAUCUGCUGUUGUGAGCAGCCCAGACCCAAUCAGAGGGGAGGUAGUAAAAGCCUUUGUUGUACUUGCCCCGGCUUAUAAUGGACAUGACCCUGAAAAACUGACACUGGAGCUCCAGGAACAUGUGAAAAACAUAACAGCACCGUACAAAUAUCCAAGAAAGAUAGAAUUUGUCCAGCAAUUACCCAAGACGGUCAGUGGCAAGAUUCGAAGAAAUGAGCUGAGAAACAGAGAGUGGGGAAAAGUGCAGAAUAAUUGACUUUAGGUUCCAGCAUUGUCAGUUGCUUAAGAGAUAAAUUACUAUUACUGUCAAAUAAAAUAUCCACUGCCUA